UAAAAGAUAAGAAAAAAAAUGGAUCACGUGACCUUGAAAAUAAUAAGUAAAAAAAAAAAAAAAAAAAGACAUUCUCAUGUAGACAUUUUUAACAUGAACUAAUCAUGGUUUUAACGGAAGAAGAAAAGCACUAUAAGAUUCCUAUUAUUAAAGAAGGAUCCAAGCAUUUUUUUGCGACAAACAAUGUAGAAAAUUGGGACUUUGAAUCCUAUUUUAUAUCAACUCAUAACGAUGUCAACAAGUAUAAAUACAUUGCCAAGAUCAAGGCAGAUUACGAUACAGAUCUCAAUUGGAUACAUAGUUUACAAGAUACCCCAGUAGCCAUAAAGGCACAUGUACUUAAUUUAAUCAAAAGCGAAAAACCUAAUAAAGCCGCUUUGAAGGCCGCUGUGUCAAAGCGUGCUUUCAGGAACAGAAAGGUCGAACAAACUGUGGUGUUUAAUGGCCCCAUCAACGGUGGUACGAUCAACAAUAUCAGCCAUAGUGAAGUUCACUUUCAGAAUCAUGAGGCAAGCUCAAGCGUCCCCAAGAGAAAGUUUGAAGGAAAAGGGGAAGCAAACAAUAAGGAACGAAAUAAAAAGAACGCUGAAGAAGAGACUCCAAGCAUUUGGCUCGAUUUUAACCAUUUUAUACAAAGUCAUGCUGAUGCAUUUCAUCCGUUCAGUCCUGAAGCAAAUAACAUUAUUAGAUCUGGCAAGGGAGUUUCUCCAAAACCUAACCUUGACCGUGAUUUAUACAACAAACAUAUGGAAGCCCGCAAAACACCUGAUAAUCCAAUGCCUCAAGUCUUUCAUAAGUAUAUUGAUAACUUUAUAAGCUCUAAAGACUUAAAAGAAGCGAACAAAACAAUCAGACGUCUUUCUUUCUUACUGCUGUCUGAAGAUGAAGAUUAUCAUGAUGAUGACAAUAAUAAUUUGGAAUUUUUAGAAAAAGUCUUAAUGGAAGCUCACAAGUCAUACUCAAGCUUUAUUGAUUACAAUUCAUCUGAAGAUGCUUUCAAUCAACUUUUCAUCUGGCCUUAUGCUGAUGUUAUAGUUAAAGGCACUUCAGUGGAUGGUUGUAAUCCAGAUUUCGUUCAAGGUCAACCCUGUUUGGAAAGUAUGAAUCGACAACUUAAAUCUGCGAACUUACAUGUUGACGAUAAAAACCAAUACAAGUCUGAUGGAUUAAUCAAGCUUUUUGGUCUGAAAAACUUGGAAUUUGUUCUUCUAGAGACUUCUGGGACUUUGAUCAAUAAGGACAAGAAUAAACUAAAGCUUGAUCAUCAUAAAGGUGUUUAUGGAGCGUUAGCGAUGCUUAAAUGUAUAGUUGAUGAUUACUCGUAUGCCUCUUUGAAAUCAUUUUCGAAAGUUAAGGUAUUCUUUCUUCAUGGGGCUGAUAAAGAAUUACACUUUUGGAGUGUAUGCUACCAGAGUGGAGGAAUAUUUGACCUAUGGAGAGAGGCUAACCUCAAGAUUAAGCCUGGCUUUGAUGACAAAGCUGAAUUUCUGCCUGAUCUAGUCCAGUUUUGCUGGGAGGUGAAGGCCAAAUUGAACGAGUCUAUGACCAACAUUAUAGGGCUCAAAGAAGAACAUACAACUGUUAAAAGCAAGUAUAGAUACAGCUCUACUAAGCCUGAUCUCUUGAGCAGCACAAUCAACCCAAUCAUACUAAAGCUGACCAAAGAAGAAGAUUACUCAGAAAUGUCUACUUUGGGUCCUUAUUACUCUCCCCCUCACCCAUAAUAUCAUCAUUCUAUUUUCGCAUAUUUACAGUCUUACCAACUUUUUUUUUACUAUGAUUACCCAUUCAUAUUUUUUUAAUAUUUUGAUGUCCUUAAUGAAAAGUCAGUAAUUAAGCAUACCAAUAUCAGUAAUAUUUCUACAAUUUGAUAAAACGUUUAUUUAUUUUUAUUUA